CCUCAGAGAGCUCGGAGCUGCAGCUAAUAGCGCCCGACCACACCGGUGUGUGUGAGGAUUAAACUUCAUCUGGACAGUCAAGGUCUCCUCCAGCGCCUCUCCCACGAGCCUCGACAUGUCAGUGACCAGCUGCCUGCUGGCGGAGGACCAGCUCCUGUGCUGCAUCUGCCUGGAGGUGUUCACCGAGCCUGUCACCAUACCCUGCGGGCACAACUUCUGCAAAAGCUGCAUCACACGGAACUGGAACGUCAACAGCUGUCCAUGCCAGUGUCCUCUGUGCAAGAAGCAGUUCAAAACUCGGCCCGAGCUGCCUGUGAACACGUUCAUCUCAGAGAUCGCUGCCGAGUUCAAGCAGUCGGCCGGAAAGGGGGGCGGCGGCGGCGGCGGCUUGAAGACCGAGGAGGUCAGACCGGGCGAGGUCCCCUGUGACAUCUGCACAGGAAGGAAGCUGAAGGCCGUCAAGUCAUGCCUGACCUGUCUGGCGUCGUACUGUCCCGUUCACCUGGAUCCACACCAGACGUCCGACCGCCUGAAAACGCACCUCCUGGUCGACCCCGUGGACAACAUGGAGGGCCGACUGUGUGCCGAGCACCAGAAGCCGCUGGAGCUGUUCUGCAGGCACGAGCGCGUGUGUGUGUGCUCGCACUGCAGUGUGUCGACGCACAGCGGCCACAGCAUCGUUUCUCUGAAGGUUGAGUACGAGGAGAGGAGGUGCGAGCUGGACUGCAUGGAGGCGGCGCUCCAAAAGAGGAUCCAGAAGAGGCAGCAGCAGAAGCAGCAGAUGACGCUGCUGAAACGACACAGCCAGGAGGACGCAGAGAGAGAGAUCGCAAACGGCGUCCAGAUCUUCACCGCCCUGACGCAGACGGCAGAGAGAGGUCUGAACGAGCUGAUCGAGAAGAUCGAGAGGCGGCAGAAGAGGAUGGAUCAGGAGGCCGACGGCUACAUCGGAGAGCUGGAGGGAGAAAUGACCACGCUGAGGAAGCGGUCGGAGGAGCUGCAGCAGCUGGCACACACUCAGGAUUAUCUCCAGGCGCUCCAGAACUUCCCCGCCUCGGACGCCGUGCUGAACUCCAGGAUGUGGACGGCGGUGCGGGUCGCCUCGCCGCUGUACGAGGGCAGCGCUGAGCGGGCGGUGGCUGAGCUGGAGAGGAUGCUCAGCAGAGAGAAGCAGCAGCUGCUGCACAGAGACGGCCUGAGGAGGGUGCAGCACUACGCCGUGGACCUGGUGCUCCGCCCCGACACAGCGCACCCCUGGCUCGUCCUGUCCGAGGACGGCAAACAGGUCCAGAGCGGCGAGGUGAGGAGGGACCUGCCGGACAACCCGGAGAGGUUCUCUCUGUACGCCAACGUCCUGGCACAGCAGGGCUUCUCCUGCGGACGCUUUUACUACGAGGUCCAGGUGUCCGGGAAGUCCGACUGGACUCUGGGAGUGGCCUCCAGCUCCGUCAACAGGAAGUCCAUCGUCCCCAUCAGCCCCGUCAACGGCUUCUGGACCGUGUCUCUGAGGAACGGGAACCAGUACCUGGCUCUGGCCAGCCCCGUGGUCGGCCUGCCGCUGGCCUCGGCCCCUCGCAGGGUGGGGGUGUUCGUCAGUUACGAGGAGGGGCUGGUCUCCUUCCACGACGUGGACCAGGCCGUUCGCCUCUACUCCUUCACCAACUGCUGCUUCUCCGAGGAGCUCUACCCGCUCUUCAGCCCGGGGCUUCACCACGGCGGCCGGAACGCCGCCCCGCUGGUGAUCGCACCCGUCAGCCGAGACAAGUAGACCUGUCUCUGGGCAGAAGAAGGAACGACUGUUUGAAACCUGUCCUGACGGUGUGUCACUGUGUCAUUCACUCGGCCGGGUGAGCUGUGAAGAAUCCAUUUUGUUCUAAGGAAUGUAUUAAUUGUUGUUUUUUACCUGAGGUGCUCAGUCCGAGAACUCCUGGAAAUCUGCUCGUCUUUUCACCAAGGCUUCAGUUCAGGCAGAGGAUGACGAGACAAAGCCAGUGAGGACAAAGACGCAGAACAUUCAAGAAUGGAAAAACAGGAAAACUGAUUGAAGAGGGAACUAUACAAGAUAUAGUUCUUUUGUUGUUGUAUGUGAACUGCUGAAAACUUGAAUUUCCCUGAGGAUUUAUAAAGCAUCUAUCUAAGAUACUUAAAAAAGCGAAACAAAUUAGUAAGAAAACCUAAAUUAAAGUUGAAUUCAUUGAAAGCCAAGCAGGUAUAAAGAUGGAAAAGUAAAAGUCUUUCUGCUGCGUUUGAACCGUUGUUCCUAGCGGAGGAUCGGAGCGCUCUCCAGCCCAGUGGGUCAAAUGUUGGUGUCAGGGACCACAAAGUGGACUAAAAACCGUCUGCCUGUGGAACAAAGGGCCGAUCACCGAGAGCUCAUAAAUCACAGCUUCUGCUUUUAUCUUAUACUUUUAUUGCAUUCAUGCGUCGUUUUGCUGUUAUUUUGUUUCUCGAUCUCUCUGCGAGCGUACGCUGCUUUUACGUUGUUCUGUUUUUGAGCCUAUUUCAGAUUUGUACUGUAUUUUGUUUUUACAUCUGUGAAAGUUGUUAUUUUUUUAUCUAGUAUUGUACUUUUACAUGGUAGCUUAAGUGGAGUUAAGUGGCGUUUGAGACUAAUCUUCUAUUAAAAGACAUGUUU